AUCAGCUAUGGAUCAUCUGAUGAAGUAUUGAGAAGUAAAACCCUUUCCCCAUUUUUCUACUGGACUGUCCCAAAUGAAGGUCUUCAGACUUUAGGAAUAACCAAAUUAGUUUUGCACUUUGGUUGGACCUGGGUUGGCCUCAUAGCAUCUUGUAAUGAUCAAGGUGAAACCUUUGUCCUGAACUUGAAGAAGGAAUUUGUCCAAAAGGGUGUGUGCAUUGAAUUUACAGAAAUGCUUCCAAAAAUGCUUGAUAAUACUAUGCAUGUAAAAAAUAAAAUAAUUAAGUCAUCCUCCAGUAUCAUUGUGGUGUAUGGAGAUACAGAUUUCCUCAUCUGGGUAAAGAUAACUAUUGAAAGUUCUGCAGUUUCAGGGAAGGUUUUAAUCAUCACAUCCCAAUGGGACUUCCUAUCUAGUGUCUCUUAUCUGCAUAUGGGAUUUUCUUCCUUCAGUGGCACCUUGUCAUUUGCUCUCCAUAAACAUGAAAUUGUGGGAUUUCGCCAUUUUCUUCAGAACAUAACCCUCAGCAAAUACCCAGAUGAUGUCUUUCUGCCACAUUUUUGGGGGGCUGCAUUCAGCUGUUUCAUUCCAUCACUAGAUUCAGGCAGCAUGUUUUGGCAACUAUGUACUGGAAAUGAAAGGAUUAAGGAUUUGCCUAAGUACAAAUUUGAUUUGCAAACAUUGGACUUGAGCUACAAUAUAUACAAAGCUGUUUAUGCUAUCGCAAAAUCUUUACAUGAAAUGUAUUCAUCCAGAUACAUCACAACAAAGCUGGAGAACAGAUCAAGACCAAAGAUGCAUAAAAUUAAACCAUGGAAG